UGCCGUUAGAAACAGUUAGCGCACCGAGUCUCUGCUGCCGACACCGCAGUCACAACAAAACUGGCCUAAAUAGUUUCACAGCAAUCGUGGGAUUUAUUAUUAGUUGGACUCUGCUGGGCUUAGUGUUGCUCGGAGUCCAUCCCCCCUAUCGGCAUUUCUUUUGCGAUUCUGUACUUAUUCCAUUAUCGCAAAUAUCAACUGACAUCUUCGGUUGGGGGAAACAAAACGGAGAGACGGGGUAGUUAGCGCCUAGCUGCACUUUGGAGCUCAUGAAAACAGGAGGGGUGUGAGAACCAAGAGGACCCAUCAGUUUCGUCUAAACACGAGACAACACAAAGUGGACACACAUGGGGCAGGGAGAAGCUUCAGCGAGAGGGACGACCAUGGAGGGGGACUGUCUAAGCUGCAUCAAGUAUCUAAUGUUUGUCUUCAAUUUUCUCAUCUUCCUCGGGGGAUCCUUCCUCAUGGGGGUGGGAGUCUGGGUACUUGUGGACCCCACAGGCUUCAGAGAGAUCGUGGCAGCCAACCCACUGCUGUUCACGGGUGUCUAUAUCAUCCUGGGCAUGGGAGGCAUGCUCUUCCUGCUGGGCUUCCUGGGAUGCUGUGGAGCUAUCCGUGAAAACAAGUGUCUGCUCCUCUUUUUCUUCAUGCUUAUCCUCCUCAUCUUCCUAGCCGAGCUGGCUGCUGCCAUCCUUGCCUUCAUAUUCCGGGAACAUGUGAGUCGACUCAAGAAUAACUUCACCAAGGAGCUGAAGAGACACUAUCAGGGCUACAACAACACUGACAUCUUCACUUCUACAUGGAAUGCCAUCAUGACUACAUUUGACUGCUGUGGAGUGAAUAGCCCAGAGGAUUUUAAAGAAAGUCUUUUCAAGCGGAUCAACCCAGAUGACAUGGUGCCAGCAGCCUGCUGUCAGAGGGUUAGCAGCCUGGGGACAUGGCCCAGCUCAGCCUGAAGAAGUGCCUCUCGGGCGAUAUGAUGUUUCGCCAAGAACAAGGGCUGUUACUCUGCUGUGGUCGACCACUUUGAGCUGUACAUCUACGUGGCGGGAGCCCUGGCCAUUGUGGUGCUGACUAUUGAGCUCUUUGCCAUGGUCUUUGCCAUGUGUCUCUUCAGGGGGAUCCAGUAGAGCUGCUUCACCAGCGAACUUUUUAAAAAGGGAAACCAGGAGAUAAGAAGAAAGGAAAAAGAAAAAAGACGAAAGACGGACACUUGUAAAUCUGUUGUUCUCUUUAUAUAUCAGCCAAGUGGUGGAAAAACAGCCCUCAAACUCCUGUACUUCACAGCUGGACCUUUGAGGUACUGGAUGUCAAAAACACAAACCGUAAAGAAAAUGGGAGAUCAUAAAAAAAUGAUGUGAAAUAUUUUGUGUGUAAAGUGAAAACAGGUAACUUGGUGGACCAGGUCGAGCAUAGACCGGGCGUAAAGUGGACCGGGCACGAGGAGGAGCCUGAGUAGAAGACACUGCACUGACUUUUGGAUGAAGAAUAUUUAUACUGAGUAAAGUUGGCUUAACUGUACAGAAAAUUUGUGUUUAAGGUACACUUCUGCUGUCACUCCAUUUUCUCGCAUACACAAUAUCACACUGCCUUCAUCCACAUACCACUGUUAGAGUCACACUUCUUUUGGUGCUGUAUAAUAAAAGCCUAGUGUGUGUGUGUGUGUGUGUGUGUGUGUGUGUGUGUGUGCGCGCGCGCGUGUGAGAGAAAGAGCGUGACAGUGGUAAGAGUGUGCAUACACUCUUGCGUGAAUGUGUGUGACGUGUGAACUAGUUUACUUGUGUGCAUGUGAACUUGCGGCUCUUCGUGACCAUCUGCAAGCUUGAAAGCCAACCUCGGAUUCCUUUUCAUUUUGUAUGGUGUUGUUUAUUGCAAUAGUGGUUUUAUGUGGUUUUAACUGGUGAAAUGUAAGUGUAUACAUUUGUAUUAGAUUCCUGAAACGUUAAUGACAUAAAAUGACAUUCUCAACUUUUGUCCGAGUGUUUUAUUUAAACUGCGACGACUUCGGAUCUUUUUAAUGAAAUGUUACAUGUUAAGUACACCGAGAGAGCCAUGAAACCAGGGUCAAAUUCCAUGUAGUGCAAACCUACAUCGCCAAUAAACAUGA